AUGGGCAAGGCGAAGCUCGCGGUAGCGCCCGCGGGGGAGAGCGGCAUUUUCAUCACGCAACCCUUCCCAUGCGAUGACAAUGGUGAGCCCAAGAGCGUCAUGGUCGGGCACUCGAGCAGCGCCAACUUCGCGGUGAUCAACGGUAGCGACGAUGGGGUCGUGUUGCGGGCGGUGCGCAUCGCGGCAUCGGGCACGCUCAGAGGCUUCCGCGGCCUCGCGCUCACCGGCUCCGAGGAGAUAGCAUCGUCUUCCUCGAGCAGCAGGAGCUUGGACUUUGUGCGAUCCAUUCGGCUACAGCCCGAGAGCCAUGUCUCCUUCACCAUCACCUUCUCUCCCGGCCAAGUUGGCUACUACCCGGCCAGGAUCCUGUGCGACUUGCAACCGGCGUGGAGAGUCGUGCAGCACAUCCAGGCCACCGGAGACGAUGAAGUUUCCAAGGAUUCGCGGCCGACGGCUCCAUAUUGCAAGCCCAAGCCCAAGAAGAUGCCUCGAUCUCGCAACAUUGUUCCUGGCGUCUCACCACCGGCACCCAAGUUUGAGCUUGUUCUUCCACCAUUUUGGAUGCCUGCUGGUGUGAGGAGGGACUUCCAAAAGAAGAUCCCUCCGCGGGUAUUCAACGACGGCCUCUCGCCUGCGACUUACGCCCGCUACUUCGCGGCGCUUCUCUAUGCCGAAGAGUACCAAAUGGAGUUUGAUAUCCGAGCCUAUGACAUGGAAAACGUGGUGAUGAGGCAAGACUCCGGGUUCCUCAUUUUGAAAGUGCUUGGCCUUGCCGAGAGACGACCUUCCGUGCUCUACAGGGAUCGAAUUUACUUGAUGCCUCCCGGUACGCAAGACAAGGAAUACGAGGGAUAUGUACACCGAGUUAGUGCAGAGGAAGUUUUCCUCAAGUUUGCCAACGAUUUCCACCGGGUGUUCAUCCAGGGCACGCGUUUUGACGUUCGGUUUUCCUUCUCCAGAACGAACUUGAAGCGAUGCCACCAUGCAGUUGCCAGCAUCUCGCCCCAGCUUUGCAACAUGUUCGUGUUUCCAAGCCCGAAAAUCUCGCCCCCGCCACCACCACCACCACCGCUAAGGUUUCGUCCCAUAAGCCAUGGUUCGCUCAACGAAGAACAGAUGUCUGCGGUGCAAGAGAUCGUCGCAAAGAGAGGUGCUCCGCCAUAUAUCAUCUUCGGUCCACCCGGAACUGGGAAAACUGUGACGGUUGUCGAGGCCAUCUUGCAAGUCCGUCGCCACAACAAGGACGGGGUCAUCUUGGCCUGUGCUCCCUCCAACAAUGCCUCGGACCUCUUGCUCGAGCGCCUGGCCAAGUUCGUGGAGAAUCGACACAUGCUCCGUCUCAAUGCUUUCACGCGCUCACGCGCCGGCAUCCCUAACAAAGUGAAGGAAUUCUCCAACGGCGAUGGUAGCCCGUUUUUCAAUUGCCCGAGUCGAGAGGAGCUCACGUCUUUCAAAAUCAUCGUCACGACAUGUAUGAGUGCCGGAAUGCUCCACUCUCGUGGUGUUCCCGCCGGUCACUUUUCUCACAUCUUUCUGGACGAAUCCGGCCAGCCAACCGAGCCCGAGGCGAUGGUGGCGGCCAUCAACUUUGCGGCCCCAAGCACCGUGCUUGUUCUUGCGGGGGAUCAUCAGCAGCUCGGCCCCGUGAUCCGGUCGCCGCUGGCAGACAAGUUCGGCCUCAGCAAGUCAUUCCUGGAGCGUCUCAUAUCCUCGCCACCUUACACCCCUCCCUUCAAGAAGGAAAUGGUGACGAAGCUUGUGAGAAACUAUCGCUCGCACCCCAGCAUCUUGGAUCUGCCUUCGAGGCUCUUUUAUCAGGGUGAACUAGUUCCUUGCGCUGGAGAGUUCUCGCGCUCCUUGUGCGAGUGGGGCUGGCUUCCAAACAAGAAAUUUCCAAUCCUCUUCAUUGGGGUGGAAGGCAAAGACUUGCGGGAGGGCAAUAGUCCGUCGUGGUUCAAUGCAGCAGAAGUGAGCAAAGUGAUGGAGGUGGUGAAAAGUCUGAGGGAUAUGAGGAGAAACAAGCCCUUGGCAACGGAGAUCGGGAUCAUCACACCAUACCGCAAGCAGGUCGAGAAGAUCAAAGGCCCCUUAUCGAAAGAGAGGCUCGCAGAGAUCAAAGUUGGAAGCGUGGAGGAGUUCCAGGGCCAGGAGAAGCGUGCCAUCAUCGUGAGCACCGUCCGCUCGUCACUGGAGUUCCUGGGGCACGACAAGAAGUUCAACCUGGGAUUCUUGUUCAAUCCCAAGCGCUUCAAUGUGGCCAUCACUCGCCCGCAAGCGCUGCUCGUCGUCGUGGGCAACCCGGGCAUCCUCUCCAAGAACGAGCACUGGAACGAGUUCCUGCGCUAUUGCAUCCGGAAUGGAUCAUACACUGGCUGCCCGAUUCCAUCACCCGACGCUGCUGGCAAUAUUCCUGACUACCUGGAGACCAGCGACGAUGAAGCUAAGGACCAGCCAUGGCGCGAAGCAGUCUAAGUCUGAGAGAUCCUCGGCCAUGAAACACUCAGCAGCAAAUGCCGAACUGGCAUGUUUGCAUAAAGAUUGUUCUUAGUUUUUGUGGCGUGUUGAAACAGCCACCGUCUUGGAGAGCAAUCCAUUGUCGGCGAUGCAUAGCUCGAGCUCUUCACCAGCGCUUCCAGGCUCUGGGACCAAGCAGCUUAGCGAUGGGAGUGAUGAACUUAUACAAUGGAUUCAUCCAGUGGCAAUGUACAGACACACAAAUCCCCGAGAUCAGCCCAAGGAAAAGGGCCUCGAGACUGGAAAGAUCGCCAGGGGCUUGACAGGCGUGAAGUGGUGAACUGGAGCUGGAAACCCGAGGAUUGUGAGCAAGGGCGUUCUAAAGAUAGAGACUUACCGCCUUUUUCUUUUUUAAACAGCGGGCGCGGUUCGAAUCUCUUCGCCAGCUAUUUUAGGGUUUAAAGAACCGAUAUAAAUCUCGUAGCCGACCUUCGAUCUCAAUUGAUUUAGGUUUUGUAGCGGCCUCCCUGCCACGGUCCUUGUAGCGUGAGCUAUGGCUUGGAUCGCUAGGGUUGGUCUAGAACGUCUUUUCGCCCUCUUGAUAGGAAGCCAGGAGCAUUCCAAAUCGUAUGCUUUUCGGUGCCAUAGCGGUGAUUACAGUUCCUUGUGUGUGCUCUGCGAUGUCAAAUACCCGAUAGGAAGUGCCGUCUGACGCAUCUCUUGUGCGUUUGAUCACAAAAGGGUCUCUGAGAGCUAGCGAAGAGUUGGGCCGCGCGAGGAUGAUAACAAGGUGAAUUGGACUAGAGUCUCUGAUGGCUUGCUCCUUGGCGAGCUUGGCUGAUUAUUCCUCCCUUGGCUGUCUGAGCGCGUUAGAGAUUUUAGGGCGAAGAAUCGAACACGGGACGCCAAGAAAUCCGGAAUCGAACCCAAGAUCUAUGCUAGUGCGUUGGGGCGAAGAAUCGAACACGCGACGUUAACAAAUCCAGGAUCGAACUCCCGAUCUAUUGGGAUUCGAAACUUUUGAGUUAAAACUAAAGAACGAUGAAAUAAAUGCGCCACAAUUUCUAAAUUGUGAGGUACGAAAUUUGUACGUA